CUCUUCCUCCUUUCUUUCCAUCCCAAGGCUAACUUUACUUUCUUUUUUUAAAAUUUCUUUUCUUUAUGUACUUUAAAGGCAACCAUGGGUUUGUAAUAACUCUCAUUUUAAAAAAUAAUGCAUAAAUGUAUCUAGCACAUAAUUUGAUUGAAGAACUUUGGGGGUCAAGUUUUUAUUGUUUGGGAUGAACUCAGGACUUUCUUUGGGGAUUUGCUUUAGCCAUUUAGAUAACUCCAUUCCUUGCAUAUAUGUCUAUAAUUAAGUAUUCAGAGUGUGACUUUUUUGGCUUUGUUUUUGUUUUGGGUUUGUUUGUUUCUUCCAUUGUGCUACUCUGGCUUAAGCUUUUUCAGGGGUUGGUGUUCCGAAUACACAGCUCACAGUAUAAAGACAUCAAUUAGGAGUUGACAGGUAUGGAAAACUAGAGUUUUGAAAAGGUAAAAUUAGGUUCUAGGUUAUAUGUUGUAAAAACUCACCAUAGCAUUCAGUUGAUGUUAGUGCUUCUCUUUUUGUGACAUCAUUAUGGAAGUGAAAGGGAAUAAUGAGACAAAGAUAAUAGAAACUAUUCCAGUUAUUUUAAGAGCAGUGUGAUUUCAGAACUAAUCAUUUUAGCAUUUUUGGGACACUAGUUCUAACAGAGAUGUGAGCAGUUUGAGAGUAUCAUAAAAUAAUUGUGUAAACAUUCAAAAAUUACAGAUUUGAACAGAUUGGAGGGCAUUUCUGAAGCACAAGAUCAUUAAGCAGAUGAACUAAGGCCAUAAAACAAAGUUAGUGGCAGGAAUUGGAAUAUAAAUUGUCUAGUUUAAUGGCCUUUUUAUUAGUUAAUAUGCUAUCUACUCCUCUGUCUACCCAAGUCCACCUACCCUUUCCUCCUUUUCCUGUCCUUCCUAAAGUUUUAGCUCUAAUAUGAGUUACCAUUUUGGGAGAUAAUCUUCUUUCUAAUAGGUAGAAUUGUAGUGACAGUAACCAGGACCUUUUCAAGAUAUAAUUCUGCAUAAUUUUAUCCUGUGGCUUUGGAUGUCCUAUCCAAAGAGGCUAUAAGUCCAAUAAACCACUAGUCAGUGAAUAGGAAAUCCAGGCUUAUAAUGCUAUUUCUACAGCUGAAGGCAUAAAAUAAAUCAUUAACCUGUUUUGUGCUUCAGUUCACUCAUGUAAAAUAGCAACAGUCACUCCCCUAAGCAUCUUAAGACAAAAAUAUUUAUCUGUUGAACUGAAGUUUACUAACAAAGGAAUCCCACCUGCACUCCUGCAGGAAUUUGUGAUGUAUACUAAAAAAGGCUUGUACAGCAGGACCUUGUUCUCUUGCUGCUUAGAAUGGCUAGCAUUAGGAUGUGUGGACUGUGUGAUUGCAUGGGCCAUGGAGAAUUUAACAGUCUCCAUUCUUCUGCCCCUAUGAGGAUCAUUGACUUGUUAAGAAUGAUCUUGCUUUCAGAUAUCACCAUAUUCACUUAUUAGAUGAGCCUUAUAUAGCAUAUAUACCUGGCUGCUAUUGUGGGGUUUGGGAACAUGAGGGGUGGGGUGAAUUGUUGUUGUUUUAGGUUUCAGUCAGACAGACAUCCCUGUGCCCCAGUUCCCAGAAGCACAGCAGGCCUCUAGGAGCAUCCGUGGGAACGGCGCAGUCCUGACAUCACCAACUCUUCUGCUCAGGCUCAUCCCAUAUACAGAGGUGGCGUAUGUGUUCGUGUUUUAAUGUAUUCAGAGCCAUUGGGCAAUAAGCAGUCCAGAACAUUGAAAACUCAAGCAGGUAAAGCACCUAACACCCUUAGUUUCUAGAAUUACUUUUAAAAACUCCUUUAUUGCUGCAUCCUCCACAAUUCUUGUGGUAGUCUCUGCACUUAAAAUUUGUAGGAGUUGUAGACUACCUGGUUAAAAUUGUAAAUUAUGUAUUUAUUUGUAAGAUUGUAGGGAUAGGUGAAGAAGGAAAGUGUAACAGAAAAGAAAUGGCUCCUUGAGAUGGCAACUGCUGAGUGUCUAAAUCUUUCCACUUUUUUUUUUUUUUUUUUAAUUUUCUCAGCUUAGCAUGAACAUUGAUCAUACAUUGUUUGAUUUCCUGUGAUGGGGAUUUUUGUUGUUUUGACUUCUGGUGGGGAGGUCUUGGGAAAACAUGAGGAAGUUCAUGCACAGGUGAAGAUAUGAAAUGUUAAAGGAAUUUUUCUGUUUAAUCUGAAAUAGUAAGCAAGAACUUUUUCUAUAUACCCUUCUGCUGCAGCAGAGAGAUAAACUGGUAGGUGGCAGCAGAAGAAGGAGUUCUUCAGAUUGAUGGCUACCGACAGAAUCUACAUAGAAGAGAGAGAGCAUGGCAUACCAAGUGAAGCAAAGGGGGCACAAAAUAGAAACAAGACUCAGAUAGCUGGAUUUUGGCUCUAAAUGAAACUACCUGGUGACAUUACCUGCCACUCUUAACUUUCCCUCUACUCAGAGGGUUUGUUUGGAUCUGAGCCCUGGGGACUAUAAUGUAAAAUUUACCGUUACUCUGGAGACCAAGGACAAGACCCAGAAGCUUCUAGAACAGUCUGGAAUGAAGAAGAGGCACUUACAUUGCAUCUCCUUUUUGGUACCCCCUCCUGCUGGUGGCACGGAAGAAGUGGCCACAAUCCGGGUGUCGGGAACCGGAAAAAACAUCAGCUUUGAGGAGAAGAAAAAGGUUCUAAUUCAGAGGCAGUGGAAUGGCAUCUUUAUACAAACUGACAAACCUGUCUACAACCCGGGGCAGCGAGUGCAUUUCCGCAUUGUCAGCCUGAACAGCAACUUUCUUCCAGUGAACGACAAGUACUCCAUAGUGGAACUGGAGGAUCCGAAUAGCAACAGGAUUGCACAAUGGCUGGAAGUGGUGCCCGAGCAAGGCAUUGUCGAGCUAUCCUUCCAACUGGCACCAGAGGCAACGCUGGGCACCUAUACAGUGACAGUGGCUGAGGGCAAGACCUUUGGCACCUUCAGUGUGGAAGAAUAUGUGCUGCCGAAGUUUAAAUUGGAGGUCGUGGAACCCAAGCAGUUAUCAGUGGUGGACAAAUCUUUCCUAGUAAAAAUUUGUUGCAGGUACACCUAUGGAAAGCCCAUGCUGGGGGCCGUGCAGGUAUCAGCGUGUCAAAAGGCACAUAAUUACUGGUUCCCAAAGGCAGAAGAGGAACAGCUACUCGACAACUGCAGGAACAUCUCUGGACAGACUGACAAAGCAGGAUGCUUCUCAGCUUCUGUGGACAUGUCCACCUUCAACCUCACUAGUUAUAGGUAUAGCCACAGGAUCAAUAUUGUGGCUACUGUGGUGGAGGAAGGGACAGGAGUGGAGGCCAAUACCACACAGAAGAUAGACAUUUCUUCACAAAUGGGAUCAAUGAGCUUUGAAGACACCAAUAAUUUUUAUCACCCCAAUUUCCCCUUCAGUGGGAAGAUAAGAGUCAGGGGCCGUGAUGGCUCCCUUCUCAAGAGUCAUUCAGUGUUUCUGGUGAUUAAAGGCAUAAAUGGAACCACCAACCAGACCCUCAUUACAGACAAUGAUGGCCUCGCUCCCUUCCAGUUGGAUACGAUUACUUGGAAUGGGACAGACAUUUCUCUGGAGGGCAGGUUCCAAAUGGAAGAUUUGGAAUAUAAGCCAGAACAGGUGCAUCAUUACUACCAAAAUGCCUACCUUUACCUGCGACCCUUCUACAACACAACUCGCAGCUUUGUUGGCAUCCGCCCGCUAAGUGGCAUCUUGGAAUGUGGCCAGCCCCAGGAAGUACUGGUGGAUUAUUACAUUGAUCCGGAUGAUGUGAACCCUGACCAGGAAGUCAUCUUCUCCUACUAUUUAACAGGGAAAGGAAAUUUGGAGAUGGAGGGGCAGAAACACUUGAACUCUAAGAAGAAAGGACUGAAAGGCUCCUUCUCUCUUUCACUGACCUUCAGUUCCAGACUAGCCCCUGAUCCUUCCCUGGUGAUCUAUGCCAUUUUUCCCACUGGAGGUGUUAUAGCUGACAAAGUUCAGUUCUCAGUAGAGCUAUGCUUUGACAAUCAGGUUUCCCUUGGCUUCUCCUCUUCCCAGCAGCUUCCAGGAGCAGAUGUGGAACUACAGCUUCAGGCAGCUCCUGGUUCCCUGUGUGCAGUCCGGGCCGUAGAUGAGAGUGUCUUACUACUUAGACCAGAGAGAGAGCUGAGCAACAGCUCUGUCUAUGGGAUAUUCCCAUUCUGGCAUGGUUACUACCCCUAUCAGGUGGCUGAACAUGAUGAAUGUCCAGCGUCUGGUCCGUGGGACUUUCCUCAACCCCUCAUUAGGCCGAUGUCUGUGGGGCGUUGGAGCGAGCAUCAGAUUAUACGGAGGCCUUGGUUCACUGAAGGCACGGACCUUUUUGGGUUUUUCCAGGAUAUGGGCCUGAAAAUUCUGUCUAAUGCCAAAAUCAAGAAGCCAGUGGAUUGCAGUUACUGGUCUCCAGAAUACAGCAUGGUAACAGGAGGAGCAAGUGAUAAAAUUCGUCCAGUGGCUUUUGAGUCAUCCUCUUCAUCACUUCAGUCAGAGGAUUCUCAGGUCCGCCAGUACUUCCCGGAGACUUGGCUCUGGGACCUGUUUCCUAUUGGUAACUCAGGGAAGGAGGCUGUCCACGUCACAGUUCCUGAUACCAUCACUGAGUGGAAAGCCAUGACUUUUUGCACCUCCCAGUCCAGCGGCUUUGGUCUUUCACCCACUAUGGGACUAACUGCUUUCAAGCCAUUCUUUGUUGAUCUGACUCUCCCCUACUCAGUAGUUCGUGGAGAAUCCUUUCGUCUUACUGCCACCAUCUUCAAUUAUCUAAAGAACUGCAUCAGGGUUCAGACUAACCUGGCUAAAUCAGAUGAGUACCAGGUGGAAUCGUGGACAGACUCUCAGGCCUCCAGCUGUCUCUGUGCUGAUGAAGCAAAAACCUAUCACUGGAAUAUCACAGCUGUCAAAUUAGGUCAUGUAAACUUUACUAUUAGUACUAAGAUUCUGGACAGCAAUGAACUCUGUGGGGGCCAGAAGGGGUUUGUUCCAGAAAAGGGCCGGAGUGACACACUCAUCAAACCAGUUCUGGUCAAGCCUGAAGGAGUUCUCGUGGAGAAGACACACAGCUCAUUGCUGUGCCCAAAAGGAAAAGUGGCUUCAGAAUCCAUCUCCUUGGAGAUCCCUGUGGAUGUUGUUCCUGAUUCAACCAAGGCUUAUGUUACUGUUCUGGGAGACAUUAUGGGCACAGCCCUGAAGAACCUAGACAAUCUGGUGCAGAUGCCAAGUGGCUGUGGGGAGCAGAACAUGGUCUUGUUUGCUCCCAUCAUCUAUGUCUUGCAGUACCUGCAGAAGUCAGGGUUGCUGACUGAGGAAAUCAGGUCUCGGGCAGUGGGUUUCCUGGAGAUAGGGUACCAGAAGGAGCUAAUGUACAAACACAGCAAUGGCUCAUACAGUGCCUUUGGGGAGCAGGAUGGAAAUGGAAACACAUGGCUGACAGCCUUUGUCACCAAAUGCUUUGGCCAAGCUCGAGAAUUCAUCUUCAUUGAUGACAAGAACAUCCAGGAUGCUCUGGAGUGGAUGGCAGGAAACCAGCUCCCCAGCGGCUGCUAUGCCAAUGUGGGAAAGCUCCUUCACACAGCGAUGAAGGGUGGUGUUGAUGAUGAGACCUCCUUGGCUGCAUACAUCACAGCUGCAUUGCUGGAGAUGGGCCAGACCCCAGAUGACCCAAUGGUGAGUCGGGGUCUGCAGUGUCUCAAGAAUUCUGUUUCCUCCACCACCAGUCUCUACACACAGGCCCUACUAGCGUACACUUUUUCUCUGGCUGGGGAAAUGGACAUCAGAAACAUUCUUCUUGAAAAGUUAGACCAACAGGCUAUCAUCUCAGGAGAGUCCAUUCACUGGAGCCAGAAACCUACUCCAUCAUCAAAUGCCAGCCCUUGGUCUCAGCCUCAGGCCGUAGAUGUGGAACUUACAGCAUAUAUAUUGUUGGCCUGGCUUAGCAAAUCCAGCCUAACUCAAAAGGAGAUAGCCAAGGCCACUGGCAUAGUGGCUUGGUUGGCCAAGCAACGCAAUGCCUAUGGGGGCUUCUCUUCCACUCAGGAUACUGUAGUUGCUCUCCAAGCUCUUGCCAAAUAUGCCAGUACUGCCUAUAAGCCAUCGGAGGAAGUCAGCCUGGCUGUAAAAUCCACUGAGAAUUUCCAGCGUACUUUCAACGUUCGUGCUGCAAACCGGCUAGUAUUUCAGCAGGAAACUCUGCCUAAUGUCCCUGGAGUGUACACAUUGGAGGCCUCAGGCCAGGGGUGUAUCUAUGUGCAGACGGUGCUGAGAUACAAUAUUCUCCCUCCUAAAAAUGUGGAGACCUUUGAUCUUAGUGUGGAAAUGGGCAAAGCUAAGUGUGAGCUAUCUACUUCACCUCGAUCAUUGACUCUCACUGUUCACACAAGUUAUGUGGGGAGUCGCAGCUCUUCCAAUAUGGCCAUUGUGGAAGUGAAGAUGCUUUCUGGGUUCAGUCCCAUGGACGGCACCAAUCAGUUACUUCUCCAGCAACCACUGGUGAAGAAGGUUGAAUCUGGAACUGACACACUUAACAUUUACUUGGAAGAGCUCAGUAAAAAGACUCAGAGCUAUACAUUCACCAUCAGCCAAAGUGUGUUGGUCACUAACUUGAAACCAGCAACCGUCAAGGUCUAUGACUACUACCUACCAGAUGAACAGGCAACAAUUCAGUAUUCUGAUCCUUGUGAACAAGAAGUUGGAAAGAAACUGAAUUAAUCCUCUGUGACAUUACUGGACAGCAUUCUUCAGCCUCUUAAAGCAGAGCUCAUUCAGUUAAAUAAUUUGAUUUCUCUGAUUGACUAGAAAGUAGAUAAAGAUGAACAUGCCGGAACCUCAGCUACUUUCUACCACUUUUUAGACGCAUUGGUGCCAGAAUAAAGGGUUGGGGGAGAUGGGAUAGGGAUAAAAACAAAGGGGGAACUACAUAGCAAAGAUCAUUGCAGGAGGAGAUGAGGUUUAGCCUUCUCUUUAACCAUUUAGAGGACUCUCCAGAGAGGAGAUGGUAGUAGAGGGUGAUCCAAGGAAGAUGAGAAUGUCCUCCUGGAGAUUAACUUACGGGAAAAUGUAAUUUAGGGCUUUUGGAAUAGACUGAAAAAAUAAAUUUCCUUUUUUUGGAAAAAAUCCAUGUACUAGGCUCUGUGCAUAUUUUUGUGGAUAUCAAAGGUUCUGUUUAAGGAUAAUAAUCUUCCUUUGACAAAAACUUACAAUUUGACUUCUUCCUUAAACCUUUUGACCCAGACUUCUCAAAGAAUCAUGUCGAAAUUCAGGGAGGGAUCAGAGAAGAGAAUCAUAAUUAACUGGCCGGUGUUCCGCCAGCCCAUCACUGCAGGGCAAACAGUGAUUGAUAACAAGAAAAGUGGGCGGCCAGGAUUCCCUCUCUGUCUCUGCUGUUCUCCUGCAUGAUCAGUCCCAGCCUUUCCCACACAGAUACCUAUCAUUGUGUAAGCUCUUCCUUGGAGCGAUAUUUUUGUUGCGGAAACAGAGGUU